AAAAUUAAUUGUGUGAAUGGAUCAAAUGAGUGCUGCUGACAUAGCUCGCUGGGGUUCCCACCUGCAGUCCCGUAAGGUCACAGACAGUCCUGAUGUGGAACCUGGCACAUUAACACGGUUUUUAGAUUAAAGCCCAGAGAAUGGACAUUAACACCCACUGAUUGCAAUUUGACUUAAGCAUAGCCCUUGCAUAGCUGUGGAUCUAAUAUACUGGGGGUGUCUUAAUUUAUCACCUAGUGACACUCGCUAUCCGGCUUGCCAAGAGAGGUUCGGAUCAGAGGUUGGUCCCCUAACACGCAUACAGUCGUCCUUGCCCAUCUGUGCAGAUGCGUAACAGGAUCAUGAAACAUGGGGUAAUUGGUAUAUUGUAGAUCAGAUAUCCCUUGUUACUGUCAGGCCAUGUGGCACCUAACAGGUUAAUCUUAGGGACAGUAUAGAGAAUUGUGGAGUAACCAUUCUAUACAUGACUCGAAUUAACCUUAUUGCUUCUACAUGCACACCUUGUUAUUCUUAAUAGUUUGACACCAUCAUUCGUACAACAUGGUGAUGUCCUGUUUUUGUAAAAAAAAAAAAAAAAAAAAAAAAAUUGGAGCAGGCUUACAAUUCGAUUGCAAGCUCUGAAGGUCAGGAAGUCCAUACUGGAUUUGAGAGACUGAAAUCUAAUUUGUGAAAUGGUUUGAUAAGAGCUGUGGGUGCAGGGCUCAGGUUUCAGGUGGAGGAAAUGAGCCCGUAUAAUGUUAGCAAGCCAAUCUUCCUGUGAGUCAGCACAGUGUUUGUAAAAUUGGGCAGCUGCCCCUUCUCCUGGGAGCAUUAAAUAGGUAAUCAGGCUGCUUGCUCCAUUCACAGAGAGUCUGCUCCCUGGAUGAAGAUGUCAUGAGACUCGUGCCCUUGCUUGGUCACCUGAGUUGCUGGGCUGUCCAUUCAGUGCAGUGCUAACCUGCAGGCUUGGUUCUGGACGGGAGGCACACCUCCCCAUCCUGAUCAAUGGUUCUUUCAGGAUCGCCUUCCCUUUUUCAUUAUUAAAGAAAGAGGAGGUAUGCCUCCUUGGCUUGCAGUGUAUAUUUUUUUUAAUGAAUGCAUGGUUCAGACAGCUGGGAUAUACCCAGAAGGAUUAGCAGGCGCUUGUAAAAGCUUGCCUGGUGUCCUUGUGUUCUAGAGGUGGCCCCUCUUCCUUAUACCCUCCUCCCAUUCCUGGUAUAUGUUCAUAUAUUUUUUCUCACUCUCACUGCUUCCUCCCGUUGGGUGGGGAAAGCAGCAAUGAGUCGAUGUUUCUUCCUGCAUCUCUAACACGCAGUGCUGUAACCGCCCUCCGCAGUCCUCUGUCAGAUGCUCUGGAGAUGUCAGGCAGAAAUUCAAGCAUACAAGCAGAGUGAGGAGUUGUCCUGAUCACACACUGGGUCAAGGUACAGCAUUGGGAUGCACCUAUCGGACAAGAAACCUUCACUUCUCUUGCUGUUCGCUGCAGGGAAUUCAUUGCUCCUUGGUUGACGGGGUAUUAUGUGCCAUGUGUUGUCUCUGGGAGACGCAUAAACUGACUCUUUUCUGUCUUCCUCUUGACUAUCUUUUUGUUUCUUUCCUUCAUAUCUGUGGAUGGUGACCCAGCUCUCUCCUGAUGGACUGUGUUGUACGUUCUUGUCUCUCACAAGUCCUUUCCAUGGCCGGUGAAGACACCCUGGUCAGCUGAUUUGUAUUCUAUAUUUGGGUUGUGAUUGGAGGGUUCGCAUACUUUGGAUGUGGUGUUGGGUACCACUCAGUGCUUUCCAUCUCCUUUCUUAUUCUUCAUGUGUAGUGUCAGACUAUGAGACCCGGACCUCUUCUUGCUGUAGAGUGCAAGCUUCAAGCUGGCAUCAUGGAUCUACUCCCAAAAACCAAAUACAAUCAUCUUCGUAAUGAGUCUGUCAGCUCCAUGGAAGAUGCCACAAGCAGCGGGUUACCCACUCCCUCUGUGGAAAUCAUGGUGCCCCAGUCUAUGCCCAACUCCUCCUCCUCUUCUUCCCUGGCCCCCAUUCUCCCCCUGGGUGAGUUGUCCUCUGAGUCAGAGGACAGCCCCACAACACUGUGCUCCUUUUUCCCCAAAAUGGCAAAUCUCAAGCUUUCCAAUCCAGCUAACCUUCUGAGCCUCCGCAGUUUCUCCUCUGGGACAGGCAAGGAGACAGGCAGCCCGGGGGAUCAGGUAGAUACCCCGACAGGGGGUGGAAGCCCAGACUCAGGGAGAACUUUCACUGUUUUCUCCCAGGAUAUGAACAAGCUGAGCUGCGGCAGGAAGUCCCGAGUGGAAGGUGGGCAACUGGCCGGGGAUGAAUGGACCAGGCAUGGCAGUUUUGUAAAUAAGCCCACACGUGGCUGGCUACACCCAGAUGAGAAGGUGAUGGGUCCCGGAGUGUCCUACCUCGUCAGGUAUAUGGGUUGUGUAGAGGUCCUGCAGUCCAUGAGGGCCCUGGAUUUUAAUACCCGCACACAAGUCACAAGGGAAGCCAUCAGCCUGGUGUGCGAUGCUGUACCUAGUUCCAAAGGGGCCCUGCGAAGGAGAAAGACCGGUGGACGGGCACUAAACUCCAUUCUUGGGAAGAGCAACCUAAAGUUUGCUGGCAUGCCGAUCACUUUAACCGUGUCCACCAGUAGCCUGAAUCUAAUGGCCUCUGACUGCAAACAGAUCAUUGCGAACCAUCACAUGCAGUCAAUAUCCUUCGCUUCUGGGGGAGAUCCGGACACAGCUGACUAUGUUGCGUACGUUGCCAAAGAUCCAGUGAAUCAGAGAGCUUGCCAUAUCCUGGAGUGCCCAGAGGGUCUUGCCCAGGAUGUGAUAAGCACUAUUGGUCAGGCUUUCGAACUUCGCUUCAAGCAAUACCUCAAAAAUCCUCCCAAACUGGUCACUCCUCAUGACAGGAUGGCUGGGUUUGAUGGUUCUGCGUGGGAUGAAGAAGAAGAGGAGUUUCCAGACCAUGCAUAUUACAAUGAUUUCCCAGGGAAGGAACCACCCAUCGGAGGAGUAGUGGACAUGAGACUAAGGGAAGGUGCAGCCCCAGCAGUACCCAGACAGAGUCCGAAUCACAUGGGCGCCACUCUGCCAGUGGGACAGGUUUCUGGAUCAGAACAAGAUCGAAAGAUUCAACCACAGCCAUCAGCACAAGGAAGAGACAGGUUUCCAGUUCCAGGUGGCAAACCACCAAAUCGUCCUGAUCUGUUUGAUGACCCAUCCUAUGUAAAUGUUCAGAAUCUGGAUAAGACCAGACAACCUGUGAGGGCCACAAAUGGGCAGAGGGAUGUAUUUGACAUGAAGCCGUUUGAAGAUGCUUUACCCUCCAGUCAGGCUGUUGUGACCAUGGAGGAGCAGCUGAAAAGAGAACCUUGGUACCACGGAAAGAUGGCCAGGAAGGAAGCGGAGAGACAGCUGAGAGUGAAUGGAGAUUUUUUAGUACGAGAGAGCACCACCACACCAGGGCAGUAUGUACUGACUGGCCUACAGAAUGGACAGCCAAAACACUUACUAUUGGUGGACCCGGAAGGAGUGGUUCGAACAAAAGACCACAGAUUUGAGAGCGUAAGUCACCUUAUCAGCUACCAUAUGGACAAUCACUUGCCAAUAAUCUCUGCUGGAAGCGAACUUUGUCUCCAACAACCUGUGGAAAGGAGACUGUGAGAUCAGAUGCUGAUCCGUCCAGAGCCCGCCUGCACACCCUCCAACCCUCUGUGGCUACCACAUUUCACUUCCUUGUUGCCUCAAUCCUCUCCUCUAUAAAGCGAAUGACUUCUUAGCCAGGGUAUGGGGCAUUCUGUAUAGAAGGGGUUCGGCAUGGUUCUUACUGUCACUGCACUAGCAGAGCCAUGUUGGUUACAGCACCCCUCUGCCUUGGAAUCUUUACGAUCACGUGAACUCUGUAAAACUGGGAUGGUUUCAGACACCUGGAGCUGUUUCUCAGUCGGUAGAACCCAGAAUGUAAACACAAUCAUGCAGACUUAGUCCCACUGGUUCUGAGGAGAGGGUUGGGAAUGGAAGAGGGACCCUCUCCAUCUAUAGGGAGACUAAGCACUUCUGCGGCAGAUCCUUCCUCAGCACAACUACAGGGUUCAUCAAAGCACACAAUCCUUACUGUGAUAAUGCUUACCAAAACUGGCCUGUGCCUUUUACCUGAUGAUUUUUCACUUUCUUCUUUAUUUUUUUUUAUUUUUUAUUUUCGUGGUGUCCUGACUUUUCAGAAAAUUAAGCUUGCAAGCCUUUAUAAUAUGUGAGACUGCCAACAAUCUAUGCUAGAGAAUGCCAGACCAUAUACAUGUUAAUGCACAGGACAGGACAGAUUACAGGCCGGUUGUGCAUUUGAAUGAAAUAUGUAUUCAUGAUUAUCUAAAUUUUCCAUCCAAUCACAAUAGCACCUGACGUUAAACACAGUCUUUGAAAAUUUUACAUCUCAAUGGUUGAACUGAAAAAUAAGCAUCAAAUUAUUUUUCCAUCUUGGUAUUUGGCUUAAAACGUGCUUUUAGGCUUUUGUUAGUCCUCCCCUUCCUCGGUUAAUAAAAAACUGUUGGCAGAGUUAUAACCCAAUAAACGGCAACCAGAAAGGAGAAUUCUGUUUUCUGUAACAAAUAGAAAGCCUCCCUAUAUGCAAUAUGGGCUUUACAUCAGAAUAAAGAUCACAGAACUUUUUUUUUUUUUU